GUGAAGCGGAAGCCAUUACUCUCGAGAGGCGAUUACUGUAAGACACAUGGGCAAAGGAGAGGUCUGCGGCUUCUCCCUUCGACCUGUUGGGGACCCUCGACUUCCUUACAGCAUAUGGAGCCUGUCAUAUGAACUUAGUCUCCGGCGGCGGCUUCCGAGACCUCCGCUCCCUCGAUUGUACCCCAGCCCUAGGCCAGCCUGUAGAGAGCCGUGGAAUCCAGAGAGUAGCUUCCUGCAGGACUUCCACAGGACUCCAGUGCCCUGCUGUCCAGGAAGUUGACUCCCCCUCACAGGAUGGCAGCUCUUGGCCUGUCUCCCACAUUUGCUGUGUCCACCCAGAGCCCUGCUUUUCUCCAAGAGUCAGAAUUUCCUCUGUCUUCAAAACACCAUUCCUGUCCCCAGAAUUUAGACCUAUUUGCUUCCCAUGGUCUGGAGCCUCCUACACCACCCAGUGUUUCUUCUCAGGAAUCCGUGACUUUCCAGGAUGUAGCUGUGGACUUCACUGAGAAAGAGUGGCCCCUGCUGGAUUCUUCUCAGAGAAAGCUGUACAAAGAUGUGAUGCUGGAGAACUAUAGCAACCUCACUUCACUAGGGUAUCAGGUUGGCAAACCCAGCCUCAUCUCACACUUGGAGCAAGAAGAAGAGCCGAGGACAGAGGAGAGGGCCAGUCAGCACGGCACCUGUCCAGAUUGGGAGACUCCAUCUAAGACCAAGUGGUCAAUCCUCAUGGAAGAUAUUUUUGGGAAGGAAACAUCCAGUGGUGUGUCAAUGGAAAGAGCUCAUCUUGGGGAGAAGUCCACUGAAUACGCCCACUUGUUUGAAGUCUUCAGCAUGGGUGCUCAUCUUACUCAGCCAAUGGGGAGACACCCCGGCAAGAGGCCCUACCAUCGCCACCAUUGCGGGGCAGCCUUCAAGAGCAGGAYGCCCCUCACUCAGCACGUGAACGUGUAUGAUGGGAGGAAGAUGCACGAGUGCCAGCAGUGCCAGAAGGCCUUCACCACGAGCGCCUCCCUCACCCGGCACAGGAGGAUCCACACUGGGGAGAAGCCCUAUGGCUGCAGCGACUGUGGGAAGGCCUUCAACGACCCCUCUGCCCUCAGGAGCCACGCACGGACACACCUCAAAGAGAAGCCCUUCGACUGUAGUCAGUGUGGGAACGCCUUCCGCACCCUCUCGGCCCUGAAGAUCCACAUGAGGGUCCACACUGGCGAGAGACCCUACAAGUGUGAUGAGUGUGGCAAGGCCUACGGCAGGAGCUGCCACCUCAUUGCACACAAGCGAACACACACUGGGGAGCGGCCCUAUGAGUGUCAGGACUGUGGGAAAGCUUUCCAGCACCCCUCACACCUGAAAGAGCACGUCAGGAAUCACACCGGGGAGAAGCCCUACGAGUGCACACAGUGUGGCAAAGCCUUCCGCUGGAAGUCUAACUUUAAUUUGCACAAGAAAAACCAUAUGGUGGAGAAAACCUAUGAAUGCAAAGAAUGUGGGAAAUCCUUUGGUGACCUCUUGUCACGGAGGAAACACAUGAGAAUCCAUAUUGUGAAGAAACCAGUGGAAUGUCGCCAGUGUGGGAAGGCCUUCCGAAACCAGUCCAUCCUGAAGACACACAUGAAUUCUCACACGGGAGAGAAGCCCUACGGGUGCGAUCUCUGUGGGAAAGCCUUCAGCGCCAGCUCCAACCUCACUGCACACAGGAAGAUCCACACUCAAGAGAGACGCUAUGAAUGCGCAGCCUGCGGGAAGAUCUUUGGUGAUUAUCUGUCGCGGAGGAGGCACAUGAGCAUCCAUCUGGUAAAGAAGCGUGUGGAGUGUCGGCAGUGCGGGAAAGCCUUCAGGAACCAGUCCACCCUGAAGACCCACAUGAGGAGCCACACGGGAGAGAAGCCCUAUGAGUGCGACCAUUGCGGGAAGGCCUUCAGCAUAGGCUCCAACCUCAACGUGCACAGGAGGAUUCACACCGGGGAGAAGCCCUACGAGUGCCUUGCCUGCGGGAAGGCCUUCAGCGACCACUCAUCCCUCAGGAGCCAUAUGAAGACGCACCGGGGAAGAAGCUCUUCCCGGCCUCAGUGUGGAAGAGGCUCCAGUGAGCACUCCAGUAGGCGACGGGAACACUCGGACCAGAAAGGAACCUUCAGAUGUGAGGGAGAAGCUCUCACCUUACAGAGCACAAAAGAGUUCAUUGAACGUAGGAGAAAUCCAGUUGGUGUGAAGCCUGUGAGAAGACAAGUUGUUUCUCAUCAGUUGGGAGAACAACACCGUGGGGGGCUGUAUCUGGUGUGGAAAAGCCUUCAGUGUACGUCUAGUUUGUAAACACAUGAGAACUUCAGCAGGCUGGACUGUGGCCCUGUGGUAGAGUGCUUGCCUAGCAUGCAUGAGGCCCUGGGUUCCAUCCCCACCAAAAAAAAA